AUGGUGUCGUCUGGUCUAACUGUUGGACUCUCAGUGGGUAUCCCUACAGUGGUGAUCAUUGCGAUUUGUGGGUUAGUUUGGUGGUUGAAUCAACGGAAGCAACAAAAGGAAGAUCUAACGCAUGAUGCUAUUGAUCUCGAAUUAAAAGAUGAGCACCUGUUCAUCAAUAUUCAGAAUGAGCUACUACAACCGUAUAUAGAUCCCUCACAACAACAAAGGGACAUUGCGGAAGGAAGCAGUGGCAGUACUGGAGGCGGCGGAUUGGUAGCGGGUGAAAAGGAUUCCAAUUCUAGAUUCAACGAUUCUUCCCACUCUUCCUCUUCAGUGACUGACCAGCCGUCUACUCCAAGUCAACCACCAAGGACUAAUACUAACGGUACAAACAACUAUCAUCCAAACAACCAGCGAACCCCGUCUUCAUACGAUUUCUACGAGACGUUCAUCCCCAUACUCCCUAAUUCUGCAUCGAAAACAGCAUCAAGCGACAAUUUCAGUCACAGUCAUAAUCCUAGCGGAGACCUAACCCAACCACCAACAUUCAAUAAUGAGGGUACUAGAACCCCAACCAAAAAUAAUUCAUCUUCGUCCAUUGUCCAAUUAACGAACUCAUCUAAAUCGCUUGACAAUUUGGCCAAGCAACUUAACCUGCCAGCAUUCUUCGAGAAACUCCCAUCAAGAACAGGAACUGUGAAUUCCCGUCAUCAACAAUCACAGCAGCAACAAUCUCAACCAUAUAGAAAUCUGACUUUAGGUGCGUAUAGUGUUGCAAGCCAACUGAUUCUGGGUUCUGCAGGCGGGGACAGGUCAAGACAAGAGUCUUCUGGAUCUGGCUCUGAAGUAGGAACAAAUGGUGGAGCUCCAUCAAGUACAGGAGAAAGAGAAUCAGUCCCUUUGGGUAAGGUAUUGGGUGGAAACUUCGAUAAUAGCUUUAAUGAGCAAGGCUCACCAUUUGAAGAAGAAAGUGCUGAUGAAGGAGUCGCAAAUGGUGUGAUUUUCAAAUAG